UUGAUUUUUGAAAAAGCGUUGUAGCAUUUAAAUUUGAGGCAUAGACACAUAAACACACAAAUUAAAAUGUAUCUCUUUGACUUUAAUAUUUAAUAACAUAUUUCAAGGAGAAACAAGUAUUAAGAUUAUACCAUUGGACAAUAUUGUUCUAAUAGUUAGUCUUCCCAACACUGUGUUGGAAUGUAACAUCAAAUUCUUUAUAGUAAUUAGUAUCAUAUAAUCACACAUUGUGACUUCAUUAUUCAGUCAGAUAUUACAGAUUUAAUCGCUAAAAUUACGCGCUUCGUUUAGAUUUUGAAAGGAAAGAUUGUCAAGAAAAUAUCUUUGCCGGGAAAAAAUCCAUUGCAAUGGCGGAUAGGAUAAUUAUAGAACAUUCGAGCGAAAGUUAUAGUUCAACAAAUUCUUCAGACAUUGAGGAGGAAGAGUUAGAUUAUGAGAAUCUAUUUAUUAGCGAAUCUCCUAUAAAAGGGACAUUAUGGUUGAGUGACAUCAACAAGUUGAAAAAUCUGACUUUUGGCACACUUGAGAGAAAUGUUAAUCAAAAAAACUUAAUAAAGGAAAUUCUCAAACAAUUCGCAAAGCAGAGCGUAUAUGAAGAUGUGCGAUUAUUUCUUCUAAGACAUAAUUUCUUAAAUAUAGCGACGUAUUUCUUGACAAAUCCACAACCUCAAUUGCAUGAGACAAUUUAUACUUUACAUAUUAUUCUUAAAUUGUGCUGUAUUAAGAAAGUGAUAGGUGACAUAGGCAAAUCCAGAAGUUUUGUUAGAUCAAUUCUGUUAUAUUUACAAAAUUGCAAACAUGAAAAAAUACUGAGAAAAAUUAUAAAAUUAUUACAAUUAGCGACAUGUGAAAUUCAGAUAAAUUUUAAGUCAGACUGGAUAGUUCGUUUUAAGGAAUGUAAAUUUUUUGGAAGGAGAAUAAUGUUCUUACUAGAAUCUUCACAAUGUCGUCUUGGUAAAUUAAUAUAA